AUGACCUGCUCUCCUGCUUCUAUCGUCCUCGUCGACUCUAGCGUCCGGUGGUACCGCCCCGCCUCCUGCCUCCCUUCAAGCUCCCGGCCCAAGCGGCUCCUCCUCAGCCCCGACCAGCUCCGCUACCUCGAGCGCCUCCAGGACAAGCAGCGGCUGGCCAGCUCGGAGACCUGUGCGCAAGGGGAGGAGGACGCUGGGGCGGCUCGCGGCGGCAGGACGUCAGAGUCGAGACAGGCGUCAGCGGCAAGGCCGAGCCUGCUUGACGAGAUAGGCAGAGUGCGGGAGAGCAGGGGGGCGACCGCCCGGAGACAGCGAGACGGGAGGAAGAGGAGGGCCCCGGAGGCGGGGAGAGCGGAGGAGGAGUGUAGCCGCGAGCUUGCGAGUGUGAAUGCGCAAGGCCAGACUGACACGCUCCGCCCCGUGAUGGCGGGGGCUGAGUUGAUGAUUGUGCUGCACUGUGGGGGGGCUUGGGGACGGAAGAUGGUGCCCGACGGCCUCAAGCACCACGACAUGCUCGUUCCGAUGGACAAGCUCGGGAUCCAUUGCCUGAGACUGGGAUUGGAAGCGAAAAGCCUCAAGUUCGGAUCGCCUUGA